AUGGGUUUCUCGCAUUGGUGGGUUCACUUAGUUCUUAAAUGUGUUACCACAGUUGAUUACUUGAUCACCCAUGGAGAGCAUGUAAUGGUACUCAUUCAUCCAACUAGAGGACUCCGACAGGGUGAUCCAUUAUCAUCCUAUUUAUUCAUAAUUUGUGCUGAAGGUCUUUCUGCGUUGGUGAAAAAGUAUGAGUCUCAGAAGUAUAUUCAUGGCAUUAAAAUCUGUAGGAGGGCACCUACUAUCACUCAUAUGUUUUUCGCUGAUGAUUCUAACCUCUUUUGUAAGGCAGAUUCUAGUGAAGCUAUGAAGUUGUUAAAUUUGCUAGGGACUUAUGAGAAAGCUUCUGGACAACAAGUAAAUAAAGCGAAGUCUUCAAUUUUUUACAGCUCCAAUGUAUUAAGCUCUAACAGGGAGUUGAUCUGCCACACAUUACAGAUGACAGAAGCGAAUGAUAACUCCACAUAUCUUGGACUGCCAAAUAUUAUUAGAAGAAAUAAGUCGGGUUUGCUGGGUUAUUUAAAGGACAAGGUUAAUAUGAGAAUUCACAGUUGGGAUGCAAAGUUUAUUUCCAGAGCUGGCAAGGAAAUUCUGGUGAAACAAGUAGCUCAGACUCUACCUUCUUAUGCCAUGGACGUUUUUCUUCUUCCUUUGGAUAUCACGAGGAGUAUUGAAAAGGCUCUUACGAAAUAUUUGUGGCAUUCUGUCCAGGAAAGCAAGUCCAAAUUAAAUUGGAGUGUUGGGAUCGAUUGUCAAAACACAAACAUGCGGGCGGACAACCCAUUUAUUACCUCAGCACCUGAACCUUUACAAAAUCAAACGGUGGCUUCUCUCCUCUGCACUAAUACAAAAGAAUGGGAUAGAGCAGUGGUGAUAGAUGUGUUAAAUGAGAUAGACCAGGCUUAUGUGCUAAAUAUUCCUCUUUCAGCCUCCAAUCAUGUUGACUCUUUCUUCUGGCACUUGGAGGAGUCAGGUAUAUACUCAGUUAAAUCAGCAUAUAGGUUGUUACAGACGCAGAAGGGUGCUUGGCAUGCGGAGGAGAAUGAUAAAAUCUGGACAAUUCAAUGGAGCAUUCAAGCACCGCCUAAAUCUUUAAAUUUGGUCUGGAGAGCGUUAUCAGAUUGCCUCCCAACUCUGUCUCAACUUCAACUUAAACGUGUUCCGGUUCAUAAUUUAUGUCCUAACUGUCAAAUGGAAGUUGAGACCAUUCUGCAUAGCUUAGUGUUCUGUCCGUGUGCUCGAGAAUGUUGGCUGAUGUUAUUCCCAGGUUUACAGCUUCCGACACUCUCUUGUUUUAAAUCAUGGAUGCUAUAUAUCUUCUCUAAAGUUGAGAAAAACAAGUAUGCUGAGAUCAUAGUUUUAUGUUGGUCCAUCUGGAGAUCAAGGAAUGAGCUUGUUUGGAACCAAAAGUCUACGACGAGAACCAGAACAGUUGCAGCAGCAAUGCAGUAUCUUACACAAUGGAAAAUAACCCAGUCCCGGUCUUUUGUGACUCCUCUUCAACCUUAUGUAGAAUGA